UCACUUCUUAAUCGCUAGUAUUCAUUUCAUGUUGAAAGUCACAAGGAAAUUAUCCCGUUUGGUCUAAGACGGAGGGAAUAAAACAAACUCUGGAAUCAUCUAGCGCUGACCGGUGGCAUUGUGCCCUAAUACAAACAACAUUCUAGAAUUCAAGUGAAAACCCGGUGGUAAACUGGUCGUGUCGUUAAUUCUCUUUUAUUGUGUUGAUAGAAGCUUCUCGAAUUGGCUCGCUGGCGUGGAACGCCACAAUAACACGAAUUGUGUCAAGUUAAGAUGGUCGCUCAGACCCGGGACUGAUUUUGGCUGCAUUUUCUCGGCGUUCUCCGUUAAAUAACAUUGAAUGGACCGCGGUGUAAAGAUGUCCCCCGCGUACUCUGUCCUUUCGUGAUGGCUGGCUCGCGAGAACUUGUCGCCGAGUUUUUUGACAAAGGUUUCACAGAAAAUGAAAAGGUCGACAAGGCGUGCGCUGAAGUGUUUCGCUCCUCGUUUCUGGACGACUUUUUCAGCGACACGAGUCUGACAUCCCCUACGACUAAAAGCGUCGCUAAAAGCGCCGACAAGGUGACAAUAGCCACAUUAGAUAUCGGUAGAUAUCGACCCGAGGAUAUCACUUGGUCCGUAGAGGACGACCAUGUGCUUAUAUGCGGAAAACAUUGCGCCAAAACGUCUAGAGGCGCCGAGGGAGGAAAAUUUUUGCGCUCUAUCCCGCUACCCGAGGACAUCAAAACGCAGUCGGUAACCGCGCGGUUUUGUAUGCGCGAUGGUCAGUUGAUAGUCGAGGGAACCAAAAACGUGAAAAAGAAGCUCACUCGCACCUCAAGCCAGACUGCAUAUUUCGGGGAUUGUCAUUUUUCGCUAUCGAUGGAUUUAGACGACUGUAUGUCGACUACUCCUGGAACGGCCGAAAUAUCGUCUAGUCCAAUCGGCGAGGACUCGGAACGAAACCGGAUUAAGUUAUUUUGAAAAUGUGUCUGCUUUUAAGAGUGCGUGUGAGAAUAAUCCCUAAUAAGUCCCCUAAUUGAUCUAUUUAUUAAAGAAACGUUUUUCUAGAGACCUAUUAAAGCAUACCACAAAGUA